AUGUCGUCGGCAUGGGCCGCUGUCGUCGUCAUCGUCUCGUCCCUCACCGUCGCUCUCUCACACGAAGGUGGUGGGCCGAGCUUCGGGUACACGCCGGGGACCCCUGACGGGCCGGAGAAUUGGGGCAAGCUGAGCCCGACGUACAAGGCGUGCGGCGACGGCAAGGCGCAGUCCCCCAUCGACAUCGUCAUCGCCAACGCCGUCCCCAACCCCAACCUCGACACCCUCACCCGCGUCUACGCCCCCUCCAACGCCACCCUCCACAACACGGGCAAGGACAUCGUGAUGAGCUUCGAGCAGGGCGGCGAGCCCGUCAUGCCGGGCUCCAUCAACGUCACCACCGCCGACGGCACCGUCAGGGAGUUCAAGUUCAAGAUGAUCCACUGGCACGCGCCGGGGGAGCACACCGUUAACGGCAAGCGCUUCCCGCUGGAGCUCCACAUGGUCCAUGUCGACGACCAGGACCACAAGGCCGUCAUCGGCAUCCUCUACGAGAUCGGCAACCCCGACCCUUUCUACGACCAGCUGACGGAGAAGCUGCGCGAGCUCAAGACGACGCCCACCGUGGCGGCCGGCGUGGUGGAGCUCAAGUCACUGCAGAAGCGGACGGGGAGCUACUUCCGGUACAUGGGGUCGCUCACCACGCCGCCGUGCACGGAGAACGUGGUGUGGAACAUCCUGGGCAAGGGCAGGGAGCUGAGCCAGGAGCAGCUACAGCUCAUCACUGCGCCGCUGCCUCACCAGGACAAUAGGCCGCCGCAGCCGCUCAAUGGCCGCUCCGUCGCCUUCUACAACCCACCAAACAGCACCAUCUCCAUCCAAUCCCUAGUACAAUAAUAAGACAUACCUACCAACAUGAUGAGUAAACAUACAUACCAAAAUGUGUCUGGAUAUCCUGUAUUAGGGAAGCAACAUAGCGAGUAACAUUUUUCAGUGAAUUAGAACCAUUGACAUACAUAUAUGCAUGCUGUCAAAAAUAAGACAUACAUAUAUACAUGUUUUUUGUUUCAAUUUCAUCCGCGUCUGUAUUGUGUUAAAAAAAACAUCCUGAGCUGCAUGU